AUGGUACUUUUGGUGUUGUUCCUGCUGGCCCCUGUGCCUUUCGUCAAUGGCUUCCUAUUUGGCUUCCGUCCAGUCACCACCACCCCGAGAAACGAGGAACGACAGGGGUUCUACGUAUACUGGAACGUGCCCACGUUCAUGUGUCACAAGUACGGGCUACGGUUCGAAGAGGUGUCCCAGAAGUAUGGAAUUCUUCAGAACGCGAUGGACGAGUUUCGUGGCGAUAAGAUCGCGAUUCUCUACGAUCCAGGGAUGUUCCCGGCGUUGCUGAAAGAUUCGAACGGGAACGUGGUACCGAGAAACGGCGGUGUUCCCCAAGAAGGUAACCUCACCAAGCAUCUCGAGGUCUUUCGGGAGCAUUUAAUCAAUCAGAUCCCGGACGAAUCGUUUCACGGUGUGGGGGUGAUCGAUUUCGAGAGUUGGCGACCAAUCUUUCGUCAGAAUUGGGCUUCCCUCCAGCUGUACAAAGACUUCUCUAUAGAGAUCGUACGGAAACAGCAUCCGUUCUGGAACAGUCGGAGCGUGGAGCAGGAGGCGAAACGGAGCUUCGAGAAGUACGGGAAACUUUUCAUGGAAGACACACUGAAAGCUGCCAAGCAGAUCAGACCAUUCGCCAGUUGGGGUUACUACGCUUAUCCCUAUUGCUACAAUCUGACACCGAACCAGCCGAGUUCCCAGUGCGACGAGACGGCGAUGCUGGAGAACGAUAAAAUGUCGUGGCUGUUCGAGUUGGAGGACGUGCUACUGCCAUCGGUGUACUUGCGUCAGAGCCUGGCCAACAGUCAAAGAGUCGGCCUCGUCGGUGGCCGGGUGAAAGAGGCUCUCAGAAUAGCGAAAGAGACGACACCCAGGAAAAGGGUCCUACCCUAUUACUGGUACAAGUACCAGGAUCACAGGGAUACCUAUUUGAAUAAGGCUGAUCUUGAGGCCACUCUCCGGAAGAUCUUGGAUCUCGGCGCGGACGGUCUCAUCAUUUGGGGGAGCUCUAACGAUAUCAACACCAAGGAGAAGUGCCUGCGGUUCAGGGAAUACCUGAACAAUGAUCUCGGCCCUAUUGUCGCUGGUGUCAGGCAAACUGUCCCAGGGUUGACCCACUACGAGGCCAAUCCUGCGGAAAAUCGUUUCGAUGUCAGCGUCGAUCAAGUCUGACGACGACGCUAGGACAAUGAUCUGAAGACUUGGUGUGUUAAAACGGAAAAUCCGAAAGGACCUUAUAGUGUCUAAUGCUUACGUGCGCGAUUACCAUAAACGUGACGUACGUGGCGGUGACGUUGUUCGACCUUCGACGGAGAAAGAUGUUCUGGGUGUAUUUGUCGCUGAAACCAAAGCCGACUGGACGAGAGACACGGUACUCCUGAAACGUCGCUCGAAUAUUGAGUAACGAUCGAAAUAAAUUUGC